AUGACCGCAACUCGCACACACACUCAAGUGCUGAUUUCAUGUCGAAACAACCGCAAAUUGCUGGCUCGAGUAAAAGCAUUUGACCGCCAUUGCAAUAUGGUUCUGGAAAACGUCAAGGAGAUGUGGACAGAAAAAGGCAAAGGAGGUGGCAAGGGUGUCAACAAGGACAGAUUCAUCAGUAAAAUGUUCUUGCGGGGCGACAGCGUCAUCCUAGUGCUGCUGAGUUGA